CCCCUCGCUGCGCAGCCCAACCAUCAGUAAGCUUCGAGGAGCUAGGGUUUCCCGUACCAAUCGAUGGCCGUCCCCGACGCUGUGCCGGCAUCGCCGCCGCCGGCGGCGCGGAUCGUCGUCGUGAUGCUGGCGCUCGUGCGCUUCGCCCGCGUCCUCCGCGUCGCGGCGGGGGCCCUCACCUACCUGUGCCUGGCGGUUGCGUGCAUCUCCUCCGGGGCCGCGGCUGCGCUGCUCGUCGCGCGCCGCGCCUGGGGCAAGGGCUCCGGCCCCUUCCUGUUCCUCCAGGCGCUCAUGUACGGGGGCGUCAAGGUCUGCCUCUACAGCGUCCUUGCGUCGUUCGCGCUUGCCGUCCUGCUGCUGUGCGUCCAGCGCGUGGCCUACUUGAUGGCAGUUGCAUCUGGAUCCACUUCGGUAUUCGAGAAGAGCGCCUUCGGAUCAAUCAAGCGGGAGCCGGUUGCAGGGUUGUUUAGGCUUCCGCGCGCCGCGGUGCUUGGAUUGGUCGUGGAUGCGGCUUUCUUCCUGCUAACAGUCGCUGGUCUUCUGGUAGCGAUGAUGUCGCCGCACGUGGAGGGUUCAAUAUUUCAGGGUCAACUGGUCGCUUCCGUGAUCAUGGAGGUGGGGAUAUUUGGUAUGCUUGCGACAGCUUGCUUUGUUACCAUCCCAGCGCUCAUUCUUCAUUCCUGGAGGCAGGACCAGGCGGAAUGGAAAGCACGACCACAGUGCUGUUGAGAUGAAACUAAGAAGAGAAGGUGUCCGGAGAAUUUGGCAAGGAGCUACAUCUCAGCUUCAUCUGCAUGAGCCGUGAAGUUUGGUGGGUCAUUGUGGAUCUGGUGAUGAUGUUCGAUGCUACUCCGGGUUACUUGCUUACAAGAUUGCGCUGGAGUAUUGGUGUAUAAAUAUAUGAUGGUAGAAUUUGUGUCAUGUUUGUAAUACCCUGUUGGAAGAAAAUGCUUCCAUUCCAUGAGACAUUAAUCUGGUGAUGAAUUGGUA